AUGCGUGCGAGACACCGAUACGCUAUCCGUCGACCACGGGCCCUUCAGUUCUCGUAUCGAUCUCAGGUCGUCCACGCUGGCGACGAACGCGGCGUUCCCGAGCCAUCAAACCGGUCGAGCAUCUCCAGCCAUCUUCCCGAAGAUAUUGCCAAGGAGAGAGAAAGACUAGAUCUCUUCAUCGACCUUAUCUGGGUCGGCAUCAUCGGCAAUCUCUCAGAAGUCUUCUCGUCAUUAGGCUUCAGGCCCGGAGACCCCGGCCUCGGGAUAGCAACGCUCGUCGUCAUCUUGGUCUUCUUGCCCUCCUGGCGCAUCUGGGAUGCGAUGCGCGAGUUCCUCAACAACUACUAUAUGGACGACAUGGUGCAGCGAGCUUUCACCUUGUGGGCCCUGUUGCUCUCGGUGUUCUACGGCAAUCAACUGGCAUAUUUGACCGAAGAUAUCGACGAGGUCAAACAGUGGGUCAUCUCGACAUAUCUUAUCAUAUUCGGCGCCUUCGCGCUCAUCGAGUUGGUCUAUUCGAUUUUCAUCAAGUGGCUGCGGAAGCCUGUUCUUUUCCAGACAUGA